AUGGAAAACGAAGACGGUCUUCAAGUCCUAAAAGAGGAAUUGAAGAAGCAUGUAGAAGAAGCUGAAAUAAAAAGCCUAAAAGGAAACAGUGCUGCGGUCCACGUCUAUGAUGUGGAUGCGGUGACCACGACGGAGGAACUAGUCGCUGUAGUGGAAAGCGUAACAGGACCUGGUACCAUUACUACCAUGAGAUUGAUGGCAGGGAACAGACAGGUGGCAACCCUAGAGAGCACCGAGGAAAGUAUAGAGAAACUUUUAAGACUGAAAAACAUUAGGAUCGGAUGGUCCUCCUCUGGGAUUCAAAAAAGGGUACCGAUUAACAGGUGUUUCAACUGUGGUAGUAUAAAUCACAUGGAUAAGGACUGCAAAGAAAAAUCUAUGGGGGACAAGUGUGGACGAUGCGGAGGAGAAGGCAACAAGAAUGAUGCUUCUGACCAACCUAGUAAUCAGGAUGAAGCCGAAUAG